UCUAGAGUGAUUCUUUUAUUAUUAUUGGAGUCUUUUCCUGAUGCUGAUUUUGCCUGUUUUGGUGCUUCAUCUUAGUCUGGAGCUUCGUGCUUUCAACUUCUGUAAUCUGGCGCUAUGCAUCCAGACCCUGGACGCUUACAGGCACUGCUCUUCAUCGCUGCCGCGGGUCUCGUCUCUGCCACGAGUUCAGAUUUAACUCCCCGUUUUAUUUCUGAGCCCUCGUCUGCUGUCCAGAAGUCUGGUGGGCCCGUACAACUCCGCUGCUCUGCCGAGCCCUCCACGGCUCGCCUUUCUUGGCUGUUUAAUGGGGAACCUCUGGACAGCAGGGUGGGAGAAGUGGAAAUCCAGUCAGGAUCUUUGACAAUCGUCUCCCUCAGCCUGUUAACGUCUGGUCGCUAUCAGUGCGUUGCUAACAGCAGCGUGGGUGCUGUUGUGAGCAGGCCUGCAACGGUAUCGAUGGGCAGUUUGGCUAAUUUUGAUACGUCGGUGAAACCUGCUGUUGCAGCAGAGGAAGGAGGUACGGCUUUCAUUGGAUGCAAGGUGCCAGAAAGUAAUCCUAAAGCACAGGUUCGCUUUCAAGUGCGGGGAAAAUGGCUGGAACAAUCAACAGACAACUACCUAAUUCUUCCAUCUGGAAACCUGCAGAUUUUGAAUGUAUCUUUAGAAGACAAAGGAUCCUAUAAAUGUGCAGUGUACAACCCAGUUACUCACGAUCUGAGAAUAGAACUCACUGGACGUAAGCUCAUAGUCACACGCUCUUCCUCAGGUGGCUUCCACAUACUUCAUCCCCUGGCACCCCAGAGCCUGGCGGUGCCCCGGCACAGCUCUCUGAUGCUAGAAUGUGUUGUCAGUGGGUUGCCUCCGGCCUCCGUCCGCUGGGUAAGAGACGGCCGGGACGCGCUGAGGAAAGGCAGGUGGAAACUGCUGCACUCCCAUCUGGUGACGGACAGGCUUGAGGCAUCAGACUCUGGAAAUUACUCCUGCGUGGUGGGAAAUGAAUCUGGAGUAGUGAAAUACGUUAACUAUUCGCUUACUAUACUUGAACCUGCCUCAAUCUCCAAGGGACUGCAAGAUGAAACGGUGGCCGCUGGAGCGACUGCGCAUUUCUGGUGCGAUGUCCGCGGAAGCCCUGCGCCGACCCUCACCUGGCUCCACAACGCGGCUCCCCUCCGCCUCUCUCCACGGCAUCUGCCGGCGGGAAACCGCCUGCGGAUCCGCGGCGUCACCCAAGAGGACUCUGGCUUGUACCAGUGCGUAGCAAACAAUGGGGUCGGAUUUGUGCAGUCCACUGGGAGACUUCGUGUCCAGCUGGGCGAAGGCUCUAGGCCAGUUAUAGUCUCGCCUCCUGCAAGCAUCACUGUGAUAGAUGGUGGGGACAUUACGCUGUCUUGCAAUGACGGCCUGCCCGUUCCCCUGAUCCGUUGGUACGACAGCAGAGGACUUGUGACCGGCCGCCCUUCCCAGGUGCUUCAUUCAAAACCGCAGAAACCUCCUCGAGCAACGCCGGGCAGCGCCGUUGCAGAGCCCACCUACUUCUCCAUCUCUCAAGCGGGCUCGAGCUCCUUGCACAUUAGGAACGUGACUCCCGAGCGUGCCGGGGAGUACACGUGCGAAGCCAUCAACGAGCACGGCUCCGUGGUGUCGAGAGCCUUCCUUACAGUUGCUCCUUUAGCAACUGGCACGAAAGCAGCAGAAAUGGCUCCCGUGGAGAUUGCCCAGAGCGAUGAAAGCGACGGUGACUUUGGCGCAGGAGCGGCGUUCUCAAGCUCGCCUCCGACAAAAUUGCGCUCGGAUGCAGCUGCGACGGAAAAAGCCCCGAAUGCCGCCGCUCCCCCCGAAGCCCCCAUCAUCCUCAGCCCCCCGCAGACGCUGAAACCAGACAUGUACAACCUGGUGUGGCGUUCGGGGAGGGACGGGGGCUUGCCCAUCAACGCCUAUUUUGUGAAAUACCGCAAGCUGGACGACAGCGUCAGCGCAGUGGGAAGCUGGCACACGGUGCGUGUCCCUGGCAGUGAGAACGAGCUGCGGCUCACCGAGCUGGAGCCUUCCAGCCUGUAUGAAGUUUUAAUGGUGGCGAGGAGUGCUGCUGGUGAAGGCCAGCCUGCUAUGCUGACAUUUCGCACCAGCAAAGAAAGAACAUCAUCCUCGAAAAACACUCAGGCUCCAUCUCCACCAGUAGGCAUUCCUAAACACCCCAUUGUUCAUGAAGGGACAAGUAAUUUCGGUGUCGUCCUUCCAGACCUGUCGCGACACAGUGGAGUUCCAGAAGCUCCCGACCGACCCACGAUCUCCACAGCAUCAGAGUCAUCCGUCUACGUCACGUGGAUACCACGAGCGAACGGUGGCUCCCCCAUUACUGCCUUUAAAGUGGAGUAUAAACGCCUGGGUCGAAACAGUGACUGGCUAAUUGCAGCUGAUAACAUUUCUCCUUCCAAGCUGUCUGUGGAAGUUCGUAACUUGGAGCCAGGAGAAAUGUAUAGGUUCCGUGUGAUUGCUGUGAACAAUUAUGGGGAGAGCCCACGCAGCGCAGCAUCUCGCCCUUACCAAGUAGCCGGAUUUACCAGUCGGUUUUCCAACCGCCCUAUCACAGGACCUCACAUAGCUUACACCGAAGCCAUCAGUGACACUCAGAUCAUGUUAAAAUGGACGUAUAUUACAUCAAGCAACAACAACACUCCCAUCCAAGGUUUUUAUAUCUAUUAUCGGCCUACGGACAGUGACAAUGACAGUGACUACAAGAGGGAUAUCGUGGAAGGUACGAAGCAAUGGCACUUGAUAAAUCACCUGCAGCCAGAAACAUCUUACGACAUUAAAAUGCAGUGCUAUAACGAAGGUGGUGAAAGCGAGUACAGCAACGUGAUGAUCUGCGAAACCAAAGUGAAACGCACGCCGGGAGCAUCCGAAUAUCCAGUGAAAGACCUGAGCACGCCACCGAAUCCCCCUGACCGGGUUGGGGGAAGCGGAGCUGGGCCUUCAAACGGCCCCGUUCGGAGCAGUGACAUGCUGUACUUGAUCGUGGGCUGCGUCCUUGGGGUGAUGGUCCUUAUCCUCAUCGUUUUCAUUGCCAUGUGCCUGUGGAAGAACCGCCAGCAAAACGCCAUGCAGAAAUAUGACCCCCCUGGCUAUCUCUGUCAAGGGGCGGAUAUCAACGGGCAAAUGAUUGAGUACACGACCUUACCCGGCACAAGCCGAGUCAACGGCAGCAUCCACGGCAACUUCAUAAGCAACGGCGGCCUCAGCAACGGCUGUCCCCAUGUCCAUCAUAAAGUUGCUAAUGGAGUUAAUGGGAUCAUGAAUGGAGGAGCUGGACUGUACCCAGGGCACACCAACUCCCUGUCCAGGACGCACAUGGACUAUGAACAUCCCCAUCAUCUUGUGAACGGCGGUGGGAUGUACACAGCAGUGCCGCAGGCCGAGCCCUCGGAGUGCAUCAGUUGCCGAAAUUGUCGGAACAAUAACAGAUGUUUCACCAAAACCAACGGCACGUUCAGCGGCGGCGGCGCGCUACCCGUCGUGCCCAUCGUAGCACCUUAUCAGCAGGACGGUUUGGAGAUGAAACCGCUGAAUCGCCACGUCAUGGUGGCCAUGUGCUUGGCCUCCGCCGUCCCGGAGUGCGGCACCCGGCUGGAGGAGGACGGCAAGGAGAAAGCGGAGCAGCCCUCCGCCCAGCAUCCCUGCUGUCGAGAAGGCAUGAACCGCCUCUCCGUGGAUUACACGGACGGUGACAACUGCGUGCACUUGGAAACGUCGAACCACCUUUUGAGCUGGAGUCCCCUUAUUCUGCAGCCUGUUUCGAAGGACUGUAAGGAAAAACCGGGAUGGAGUUCAUCCAGCCUCACCUUAAACGGUUCUGGGGACCUUCGGCAGCCCCAGCUGCAGGAGACCUGAGGAAGUGACCGUUGUCCCCACUUAACGCCAGUAACUGCACAGCAGAGUCGCUGAAAGGAGUGAUGGAGGGAUGUUAAUUAUAACAGAGAGAGUCACUAUUUAUUUUUUUGUAGUAGUGUCAUAUGAAUGUAUCUUGUUGUUAAAAAUGGUUGCCUUUUUUUAUAUUAUUUAUGCCUUGAAAUUCCUUCCCCUCCCCUUCCCUCCCUCCACGCACCGCAAAACUAGCCUGGUUACGUGUAUAAAAAAAAAAAAAAGAAUUGUAAUAAUAUAAAGAACAACGA